GGCUGUCUUUCAAUUCAAUUAACCGACAAAGUAACAUUUUGUUGAUUUACGUGGGUAUUAUUCCGGUAUUAAACAUCUUUGUUCAGUAUUAUACUUCCAGAAUGAGUCAAAAGAAACAUUUCAAUGUCCAAAAUAAGGUCAAUUUAAUGGCAGUCUUUACUUUGAAAUCCUAGCAGGAAGUACGUUUGCGUUAGUGUGCACUAGUCAGCCGGGUGGUGCAAGGAGGUCUGAAUUGGCUGCUACCAGACCAACUAGUUGGAGGACUUGUCCCCGGGCAGCGUGCUAAGUCUUUGUCCGCCGACGGCAGGCCACGUUGGCCGCGAUGGAAGUGGACAAAAUGGACGAGAACGACUGGAGGUACCACGGGGAGGGCAACAAGAGCCUGGUGGUCUCCCACGUCCAGCUCUCCAAAGUCCUGCGUCUGCUCAAAUAUCCGGCCGAGGACUCUGAAAACCCCCCGCAGACGACAGAGCAGGCCUUCAGGCAGAUCCAGAACAUUGUUGACUUCAGCACCAACGUGAUGAGCAGCUUGCUGGGAGAGAAGUUCAUCCACAGCGGGGAAGUAGUCAAGCUGCCCCUGGAGUUUGUGCGACAGCUGUCAAUCAAAGUUCAACAUCAGCGCCCUGCGUGGCGUUGUGAUAAAGUGAUGGACAUUUACAGCGGCUGUGCCCUCUGCCUGCCAAAUCUGACAUCUCCAAGCCUCCUGCAGCCAUCACGCCCUCCCCCACUGUGUGUGGAAAUCAAGCCCAAGUGUGGCUUCCUGCCGUCCUCCAAGCACAUCAGCAGAGACGUGAAGACCAAAGUGUGUCGCUUCUGCAUGCACCAACACUACAAGGUGACCAACGGGCGCUGGAAGAGACGCAGCCUGUACUGUCCUCUGGACAUGUUCUCAGGGAGCAGACAGAGAAUGCACUUUGCCAUCAGACAACUCAUAGAAGAACCUCAGAACAACUUCAAAAUCUUCAAGGGGGGUCAGUGUAUAUACAGCAGCAAGGAAGGCGGCGGGAGCGAAGACUUGCUGGACCUGAACUCUCUGCUGUAUCACCUCAGACCUUACUUCCUGUCUGGAAACAAUCGAAUCAACGGUCACAUGACUGGCAGAGCGGUCCUCAACGACUUCAUCCAGGUCCUGGUGAACGCCCUGCUGAAUGGCGGGGGAGGAGGGGGCGGGGUCGUGACGGAGCGACAGGUAGAAGGACGGCGCUUCUGUGAAGCCAGCCUCUUCAACAAGGAGAGGAGUCGACACGGGUCUCAGGGAUUACCCAGCGACAGCGUUUUAUUUCGGAUCCUUCAGACUCAAAUGUUGGACACUUUGAACAUUGAAGGACUUUAUCCUCUCUAUCGCCGAGUGGAAAAACACCUGCAGGACUUUCCCAAGGAGAGUAGUCGCCUGCAGGUGGACGGUCCGUACAACGAGGACUUCCUGGAGAGGUUACAGAAAUGUGCGGCGGAGGACGACGGCUCUGUGGACUUUGCCGUGGCGAAGGUCCAUCAGUACCGCGUCGCCAUGACGGCCAAGGACUGCUCCAUCAUGGUGGCCCUGGUGCCCAGCAGCGAGGAGGAAGACGAGGACCAAGUUCGCAGGCAUCUCAGGGACUUCUUCUCCUCCAGACCCGCCUCUUUUUCCUACUCCGUCUCCAUCCUGGACCUGGACCCUAAGCCCUUCGACAGCAUCCCGUUCCAGUUGCAGCUGGACCAGAAAAUAGUUUCGUGCUACACGAGGACGGGCGCCACCUUGCCAAAAGGACCUCUGGUGGCACCGGGCGUCAUCACGGCGUCGGACAGAGACGACUGCACGCUGCUCUUCAGGCCCGUCUGAGCGGCUGGGUGUUUGCGCUUUGACACUGGUGGAGUUGACACUACGACGUGCCAGGUGGUUUCCUUUGUGACGUCGGGGGAAGAAUCACUCCGUUCAGACAUUAUUUACUCUUACUUUUGUUUGUUUUUGGAGGGUAUUUUCUUCAUUUGGUGGUGGAUGCGGUUACCUGGCAACACUUCUCCAUGGCAACGCCGCUGCCAGUCAAGUGCCAAGAUUGUCGGGUGGUGGUGCUGAUGAUGUCAUUUCCUGAAUGUAUGUGGGAGCAUCACCAUGGCAACAAGCGAGACGAACACCCGGCGUUUGGUUUCAACCCAAAUGACUCUGGAACUUUCACGCGGGCCAAUAACGUGCUCCCCAAGUCACAUGACCAGUCCUUCUGUGCGCCAUACUUGGACAACUUUAUAAGUGUCGUGCCUAAAUGUUCUGAUGCGUGUGUGUGACAAGCUGCUUAUGUGUCACCUCACUCACCCGUCAACUUCACGGGGUCGUUCUAUGUCCACUGGACAGGAUGCAACUUUUCAAUCCCCCGAGCCCUGCGGGGAUAGAAAAACAAAGAAAAAAAGGUCACAUGGAGACAGCAGUGCCUGGUGGGAACUUGUGUGACGGCAACCUCAGCCAAUCAGAAUCCACAUUGUGACGACGAGCUGUUGCGUGAUUGGUUGUGUGCGUGUGAGAGGUAAAUGUUGAGGGGUAAACAAAAAAAAAAAAAGAUAUUUGCAAAUACAAACGCUGCUGUCUGGCAUUUUGUAUUUAAAUUAUUUAUUUUUGUAGAUUUUAACCAAUGAGCUCUGCUGUCAGUCAGACUUUCUACUGAAUAAAGACUUUGUAAGAGA